AAACGACAUGACGUCAUUCUAAAGGAUGUGGAACAGGCGCCAGAAAGGGGCGUGGCCUGAGCGCGGUGACACACGUGAUUGACAAUCUGAGGUCCGCUGAUUAAAGACGUGUCCCAGCCUCAACCUGCGCACACACAGCUCCGUCCUGUUGGACUGCAGUGUCUCUUUAAAAGGCGACCCCAUGCACAGGAUCCAGGGGGCUGGCCCUCGAUCGACUUGCAUGCGCGAGUCUGUGUAUGUACGUAAGUGUGUGUAUGUGUGUAAGAGAACGUGUGUGUGCAGCGCAGUGUGGAGAGCAAAUCGAGAUACAGUAGUAACCCGGAGUGAGGUGGCAGUCUUAUUCCACAUCGACAUCCAUCCUAUCGAUAUCGCAAACGCACUUGACGAGUGAAAGAGGAAUAGAGUCAAGAUGGCAUCUGGAAGUGGCCGUGGACAAUCCGGGAUCUAGUCUCUUCGGAGGGAUUUUUUUUGGAAACCACAGAGCGCGAGUGACUGGCCGUGCAAGGCGCUAAUAACUAAGUUGCUCGUGGCCCUGGUGGGACUUCGCUGGUGUGGAAUAGCAACAAAGGAAGGGAGCGCGCAUUCAUGGGACGCGACUUUGACAGCUCCUCAUUUCUUGUCUUGUAACUUUACCUGGCAUCGGGGGCUACAUUGUAACCGGAGCGGGAGAUAAUGGCUGAGGCUUCGUUCCCCGACACACUCCCGGACCUAGAAGUGAUCAUUGAUCCGGACUUCGAGCCCCAGAAGCGGCCCAGAUCUUGCACCUGGCCGCUACCUCGACCAGACUCUAACGCGGUGAAACCAGAUCAUAAUGACACAGAUAUUAUACCUGAGGAGGAGGAUGAUGAGGAUGAUAACGCCACCACUACGGCUAACGAUGGCUCUGGCUUGGCAACAGAGGACCAGGGCAGCAGCAGCCCCGUGGCCGAUGGAGGGCUGUCCUCCUCCGGCCAGGAGAGCGGAGGCUCCCCGCACUCCUCGCACUCCCCGACAGCCAACUCUGGCGCACUGACUCCCAGCGGCCUGGCUGCUCAGCAGACCCCGAGGAAAGCAUCAUCUCGCCGUAACGCCUGGGGUAACCUCUCCUACGCAGACCUGAUAACCAAAGCCAUUGAGAGCACACCGGACAAGAGGCUGACACUGUCUCAAAUUUAUGACUGGAUGGUGAGAUCCAUACCCUACUUCAAAGACAAAGGCGACAGCAACAGCUCUGCAGGAUGGAAGAACUCGAUCCGACACAAUCUUUCCCUCCACAGUCGCUUCAUCCGCGUCCAGAACGAAGGAACGGGGAAGAGUUCCUGGUGGAUGAUCAACCCGGAGGGAGGGAAGGGCGGCAAGGCUCCUCGCCGCCGUGCAGUUUCCAUGGACAACAGCAACAAGUACACAAAGUCCGCCCGUGGCCGUGCGGCCAAGAAGAAGGCAGCUCUGCAGGCUGCAGCGGCUGCAGCGGGCGAGGGGGGAGACAGUCCUUCGGGUCUCUCAAAGUGGCCCGGGAGCCCAACCUCACGCAGCAGCGAGGAGCUGGACGCAUGGACAGACUUCCGCUCCCGCACUAAUUCCAACGCCAGCACAGUGAGUGGUCGCCUCUCACCCAUUCUGGCCAACCCCGAGUUAGACGAGGUGCCCGAUGACGAGCCUCCUCUCUCGCCGAUGCUCUACUCCAGCCCAUGCAGAGCGCUGUCUCCUAUUACAACAGGCGGGAAGGCGGUGCCGGCUGAGCUGCCCCGCCUGGCAGACCUCACAGGAACAAUGAACCUGAAUGACGGACUCACAGAUGACCUGAUGGAUGAGUUGCUGGAUAACAUUAACCUGGUGCCAACCGUCACAGGGCCGGCCAUUCCAAAUGGUCCUUCAGGGUUCAAUUUUGGGUCCAAACCCACUGGGCUAGUCUCACCUUCCUCCACCACCUCUCCCCCCACCACCUCUCCUCCUAACGCGGGAGUGAAUGGUUACACUAACUCCAUCUUUGGCCCCCACACGGCGGUCUCCUCUCUGCGUCCGUCCCCCAUGCAGACCAUCCAGGAGAACAAGCAGACCUCCUUCUCCAGCAUUAGCCUGUCACGCUUCGGCAGUCAGACGCUACAAGACCUGCUCAACUCUGACAGCCACAGCCACAGCGAUGUUAUGAUGACGCAGUCUGACCCGCUGAUGUCACAGGCCAGCGCCGCCGCCGUCAUUUCCCAGAACUCACGGCGUAGCCUCAUGCUCCGUAAUGAUCCCGUAAUGACUUUUGGGACGACUGGAGGACUUCAGGGCAGCCAAGGGGAGAUACUUCAAAGUAACAACCACAACCAGAGCUCACUGAGGUCUUUGAACGGAGGACUUAACUUAGCCAACGAGGCUAACGCUCUGGCUAAUGUCAAGCAGCAGCUCCUGCUCUCACCUUUGGGAGGAAACGGUUCCUCUUCCAUGCAGAUCGACACCUCGAUCUUCCUGAAUGGGACAGUUAGCGGCAGUGGAGGGCUCUGCCAGGACCGUUUCCCCACAGAUCUGGACCUGGACAUGUUCAACAGCAGCCUGGAGUGUGAUAUGGACUCCAUCAUCAGGAACGAGCUGAUGGACGCUGAUGGUCUGGACUUUAACUUUGACUCUCUGGCCAACAUGAAUGGAGUUGGCAACUUCACGAGCACCAAGCAGACCUCUCAGAGCUGGGUACCCAGCUGAAAGAUUCAGGCCAUGGAGGAGCAGAGCAGGUCUGAACUGUGUAGUGCAAGAGAAGAUAAGACACACAACAUCCUUUUUGCCAAACCUGCCAUCAGCACAACGUAAAAUACGAACCCUGUGUUUACAGAAGACUUCCUCUCGAGAGCUUUACCUUUGCUCCCACACCGUGAACCUGAACGAUCCGACAGACUCUAGAGAUACUGCACAUCAGCCCUCAAAGACUCCUUUGAAACAACAACUACAACAAGAACAUCAAAAAAAGCUAUGUCAAACUCACAAAUCUUAGAAUUAUGCAAUUUUACUUUGACACCCAGUCUGUUGAUACAAAAGAGACACUGCUUAAUCAGAGAGGGUUUCAGGUUGAAUAAAAGGACAAAAUAUCAAGCAAAGUUUGAAGGAGUGCGCGGUACAGUUGUUUCCGUUGACUGCAUACAAAAAAAGACUAAAGUGAGAAAAUCAAGAAGUGAUGUGGUGUAAAUCUGAUCCAGUGGUUUCCUGGGAUGUGUUACGUUGAAAAAAGAAAUGUCCCUCUGUUCUCACAUAGUGAUUUUAAAUGUUCAGUGUUUGUUUUAUGGAUUUUCUGUUUUUAUCAUACUUGUUUCUGCAUCAUACAUGUCUUUACAAAAAGAAAUGGUGUACUGAUGAAAUGAAAAGAUGGAAAUAGAGUAUCUCUCUUACUGAGAGGCCACACAUAAACAACAACAACCAAACAAACAGACACAAUUUUCUCCAGUUUGCAAAACUUCAGACCACAAAAUUCAACUCAAUGCCAUGCACUUCCAGUUUUGUUCAAAUACAAUUUCUUCAGUUAAAUAAAUGCUGCAUACUGAGGGUCAUAUUAAAAUUAGCUGAAUAUUACAAACAUAUUUGCUAUCUUUGUGUAUAUCUAACUGUAAAAAAAAUAGUUGAAGAAAAUCUCUGUCAUGGAUAUUUGUACAGGUCAGUGUAGAGUUAAGAAGAAAGGGGAAAGAUCUUGUCAGUCUUUUCUGAGACUUCCUAACUUCCGGUGAGUUCUGUUGAGGUCGUUUAUCACUGCAUAAGAUGUAGCCAAAAUGAAUACCUGUUUCCUAGGGUUAUGAACAUUUCCACACCAUUACAGGUGCUAUGUAAACAGUGUUGAAUCCUGCCCUGAGAGCAAGCCGUGCAUUUUGUUUGUUCGUUUUUGUUUUCGUUAUUACCCACGACCUGCAGAAGCCCAAAACUGCAGCCACUUGUAGCACGGCGAAGGUUGAACCUGUAUAGGGGCAGCGGGGGGGGGGAGGGGUUUUUUGCAGGGUUUCAGGCUCAUUCCUCUUGAAGCCAUUUAUUUCUCGAGUGAAACAAUAAGCUAUCUCUGUAUAUUGCCAAAUUACUUGAAAACAAACAGUAGGACAUGCUGGCAGCCAAAUCACAGCACUCACACAAAUAUAUUGCACACACAUAGAUAGAAGAAGAAAAAAUACCAGGGAUCUGUGUUAAGCUCUGCUGUUUUCUUGUCAUGAGCUUGUGGGGCUUCUUAUGCAUAAAUAUAUAUAUAAAGAUCACUCAGGGGGGAAAAGGGAGGCUUCCCGUUUAAGUAACAUCAAGUCACAUUCUAAUGGUAUUUUAACAUUUCUUGAUAAAAACAGUAAUGCUUUGUGUUUGUGAACUUGUAACCUGUGAACUUUUAUGGCCGUCAAGGUGAAGAGGAAGAAGGAUUAUAAACAUCAGGAUUAAAACUUCACGCGGUCUGUCAUUUUUGGUUUUGCUGUCAUAGCUUUUUCUUUUUUUCUUCCUCUUGUUGAACUUGCAUACACACAUGCCCUCAUGGACAUGCCUGGUGCUCCUGCAGGUGACUUCCUGUAUUUCCUGAGAACAUGUUAAUGUGUAUGUGUUUAUCUGUGGAGUUUAUUUCUGUUGAAUUAAUCUCACGAGGAUGUGCUAAUCCCUCACCAUCCCUCAUGGUGCAUACAGCACAGCCGACUGUAUGCAUGUAUGUAUUUAUGCAUUAUGAAACUGUGUGAAAUGCAUAUAUACUCGCUGUAUGUCCUUAUAUACUCAUGUAGUACUUGACCCUUGGAUUUUGUGAUACCUCUGAAGGUAAAGUUGAAGAAAUAAUGAACAACGUUACACGCCCCAGUGAGGGGGAACCCUGAUACCAGCGAUGAAAUUGUUGGACCAGAUUUAGAAAAUGGAGGAAAAACCGUUGUUGUAGCAUCUGGACACCCUGGUAUCUCUUCUCUGUUUGGGGUAACGACAUGAAGUGUAUGCCCGGCUGUGUAUAAUAGUGUACAGAUGUGUGUGAAUCACUUUGAGGCCAAUGCAGAGGAGAGUGUGUGCAUGGUUGGCUAGAAUGACCUCUUGUGCUAUCUGAGGUUUAGUGCAUGACCUAGCUGUACCCCUAGACCCUUCCGAUGGUGCCAUCCUGCGACUGAAAUUGUAAAAUCGAAAGGAACCCUGUGUGUUUAAGCACUGAAACGCACACACUUUCUAUCUUUAAAAUCAGGGCUUUCAGAGCAGCACUUGCACCAUCCUCCUGCAUUAAUGUGUCUAUUAUUACAAGUGUGUGUACAUCGAGGCAGGCACAGGGAAAGCCUCGUUAACGGACGUUCCUCAGCUUCACACUAGUUGUAUUCCACGUGGAGUACAGCAGGUUAACGUCCUGGUGCUCUCAGCGAGCGUUUUGGUCAUAACUUUGAAGUGGUUAAAGUGUCACCUGACAACGAGCUGGAAUUUCUUACACACUUGUCACAUCCGAAAUUUUCCUGAGCAUUUAUCACGUCUUUUGGAAGGGGGGAAUCCUGAGCCAUCACCUGAGCUGCUAAGCAUUUCAAUUAAUCUAUGCUGAUUGUACUAAAUAUUAGGAGCACUUCACUCCUGUAAAGAAGACUGACAAGGUAAAUCCAGGAACACCCUGUAAUCCUUUAAUUUAAAGAGGGGUUAUUGAUCCUUGAUAAACUGCAAAUCUCAAUCGCAGGAAGGUGUUCCAUACUUUUUUGAACAUUCAGUGAAAAAUGUUUUGGCUCUUUGAGGAAAUAGUUUACACUUAAGUCAUAGUGGAGCAGGCCUUCCACACAACCACUCAGUGCUACUGCUUCAUCCAAGCACGGAUUAUGUCCUAUUGUGCCCGACACACACACCUGCAGCACAACAUGUGCACAUUU